AUGGGGCCAGGUGGCUUUAAAGCUUUUGAGCCAAUCAGAGUCCUCCCUGGGGCUCAGCGUGGCUGGUGGAUUCAGUUACAGAGCAGAGAUCACCCCAUAUGCUCCAUCCUUCUCCUGGAAGUCUGGUGCUGGCGCCUGCCUGCCUGCCCUUCCAUUCAUUGGACCAGAAGCUGCUUCUCCCCCAACCGGGGCUUCACUUCCGCUGCUGGGCAGCCUCGUGGGACCCUCCGCGAGUGGGCUGAAGGGAACAAGGGUCUGGUGCUCUUUCUGACCAGGCUGGAGGCGAGGGGAGCUGAUAUGGGACACCCAGGCUGGUUCCUGUGGGCACUGGUCCCCCUGGGGGCAGCGCUGGCAAAGGGCGGGGCAGUGCCAAAUUUCAGCUGGGGCAGCACUUUCUGUCAUUUGGCAGUGCCUAGGACGGUGCCCGCCUCUCCCCUCCAGUCCCUGAAUUUCCUGAGCCGGGGCCCAAAUGGGUUGGCUCUGUUCCAUGCCAGUUGGGAUGAGCAGGGGUACCUGCUCGAGUGUGCCUUUUGGGAGGGGGCUACCAUUGUUCUGCCUUACCAGGCUGCGUGCGCUCAGGAGAGGGGCAGCAAGACCUCGUCUGGAAUCUUUGCGCACACCCCAAGUCCUCUGCUGCAGCGGGCUGUGGAAGCCCUCCAGGAGCGGCAGGACGCCUGUAGCAGCACGGAGGAGGAACCACCCCGCACCGGGAGGGAGGGGAUCGAAGGGCGAGCCGAAGGGGAAGGCCGGCACCAGGCAGCCGCCGGCCACCGGCGUGUGAAGAGGGGCUGGACCAUGCCCGGCACUCUCUGGUGCGGAGUGGGGGACUCUGCGGCGAACUCCACAGAACUGGGGAUCUUCCAGGGGCCAGACCUCUGCUGCCGGGACCACGACCUCUGUGCCCACACCAUCGCGCCCUUCCGCUAUAACUAUGGGAUUCGCAACUAUCGCUUCCACACCAUCUCCCAUUGUGACUGUGAUUCCAGGUUCCAAGGUUGUCUCCAGAGUCAACAGGAUGCAAUUUCGGACUUUGUGGGCACCACCUUCUUCAAUCUGCUGGAAAUUCCCUGCUUUGUGCUGGAGGAGAAGGAGGAGUGUAUCCAGUGGUACUGGUGGGGCGGGUGUAAGAAACGUGGCCCCAUUCCCCGAGCCCGACUUCUACAACAGGGUCGCUAUAAUGUGACUCGGACCCAGCCAGGCCACGGAGCAAAGCCUUCCAGGAAGAAGCAGCAGAGACAGAGGCAUCGAAUGCAAGGCGUAGGGCCCACGGGGCCCAUGACCGGUUUCCAUCCUCCCCCACCUCUGCCCAGCAGUCCCCAGAAAGCUAACAUUAGUGCCCAUCCACCAUUUCCAACCCUCCCUGGCCUGGCUCCCAGCCUGGUGACCACCCUGGGAAAGCAGGUGAGGGUGGCUGAGGACCACUACCCUAAGGGGAGACCUCAGGGCAGAGGCCACAGGCCUGGUGGGAGACAAGCAGCCACAGGCCCCACAGAUGGAGCUGCUCAGGGACCAGCAGAUAUCCCAGCUCCUGGUGAUGCACGUUCAAAGCCCAAUCUCCCCCCAGUGGAUAAGAAGCUCUACCAAGAUUUUUCAGAAACCUGCCAAUGCUACCAGCAUCUGGACCAAUGUCAGCACAAGAUCGAACCUAGGGAGACCAAGUACCAGCUGUAUAACUCGGAGAGCCAAACCCUCUUCCACUGCAACUGUACAAGACGGCUGGCCAAGGUGCUGAGGACCAAGAGUCCCAACGAGGCUGAGGACAAACUUUGGAAGCUGUUGGCGCUGACUUGCUUUGAGCUGAGACCCCCUGAAGACUGUGAGCCCAGCGAUGGCUGCAGGGAUAACUUCCGGGCUGUGGUGGUCCCCGCCAGGCACCUGCGGCGUUUAUGGAAGAAGCAGGCUGGAUGGCCGAGUAGAGUCGAAGGGAAGGCUGAGGAGCGGAGAAUGAAGAGGAGAAGAGAGAGGAGACGGGGGACCUGGCAGCACUGGCAGGAGCUUCAGGGGGCCGUGACUCUCUAUGACAGGUGCCGGGAGGUGCUUUCAGCCAUGUAG